AUCAUUUGUAAAUAAAAUGUUGUAUAUGAAUGUUUUAUAAUGUCAUUCAGUUGAUACUGUACAUUAAUGGUAGAAAUCGGUGUAGUACAAUGUCACAAGGAUUUCCCUCAUACACAGACAUGUGGAAUGCGCCUGUUAAUUAUGAGUUACAAAGGUCAUAUCAUGAAACCAUGCAGAAAUUCUGUUAUGUUAUUUUGCAGAUUUUGUAGUUUUGAAUUCAGUGCUAGAAUUUUAGAGGGUAAUUUUCAGAUUUUUAUGAAUUAGAAUAACCUUUGGGGUCUUUGGAUUUCGAUCUCCCGACAGUAAAGAUGGAUGAAUAAUUCCUCAACCCACCAGGACUAGUUUAAUUCAGGUUUUGCUUUUUGCCUGUUGAGGCAGAUGCUGAGUGUUCUUUUUUUUUACCAGCAGGACAGCAUACCGCUGCAUCAUUAAUUAUUAUUAUUAUUAUUAUUUAUUUCAUGAACAAAUGUCCUAUGACAAAGCAUCAGUCAAAAUCAUUUAAUCCAAAUUCUAAACUCAGCCUAACUGAAUAUAAUGCAGAUAACUCCAGAUAGAAUCGAAUCAUGCAUAAACAUGAGAAACCAAACAACUGAUUGCUUUGUUGUAAAAGGGGUUUUGACAGGCAUGUAGAAAUCUGAGAAUGGCUGGCACAAGUGCCAUUUGCAAUCCACUGAUAUAGUGUCACAUAUAAUGUAUAUUCCAAUCUUUAACAUAACACAUUAUUUUGUAAAAAACAAAAACAGUAAUACAUAAAGCACUUGUGUAUAGUGUAAUGCAUCUUGAUAUAAUGUGUAAAAUGUUUUUGGAACAUCAGGAUGAACUGUCUAGUCAUUGUGAAUAAGUAAAUAAAUAAAUUAAAAUAAAAUAGAAGCAAGUGAAUGUGUCAUGACAGCUGCUUUACUUCAAAAUCCAUCCCUGUAAACAACCCUGUACAAUGGUGUUGUUACUGAACUGAACAUGAAGAUCUCAGGACAUAAAUAGUGUGGUCUUAAGUCCUCUUUGGUUCCGGUCCUCUGGUGACUUUUGAAUGUUGCUUGUGAGACCACAUGAUGAAUCACACCAAUCAGAUUCUACAACAGCAGCUUACUGAUGGGCUGAUCUGCUGGCAGAAGAUUUCUGUAAAUAGGAUAACGCUUAUUAGUCCUUUAGCAUGACGUCACAACUUUGGGUUUAAUCGUUUAUUGGUCAUUCAGUUCCAUAGGCUGGAGAAUGUACAACUGUAUUUACUGUUGAAUCUAUCUGUAGUGUGAAAAGGAAAAUACUUAAGAUCAGCAUUAUGCAGGCUGAAAUCUGACAUGGAAACAACUGGAGUGGAUUACAAAUUGCUGUUUGAAGAUUUACAUUUAAGACAGACCAAACUUGGUUGGGAGAGUAAUUUUGGAUCUGAAACUGUUGGUGGAGGUCAUCGUAGAGGUGAAUAAAAAAAGUAUACAUUUUCUAUCUUCAUAGAUACUAGCACCAAAAGAUGGCUCUUUGGAAAGUGAAGUUUGACUUGAAAAAACGGGUAAAGCUGGCCCAGAUGCUGUGGCUCAUGUAUUGGUUAUCUAUCAUGGCUGGAGUGCUUGUCUUCAGUUUGGGCCUUUUCUUCAAAAUUGAGCUGCGGAAGCGAAGUGAGCUAAUGGACAACAAGGAAAGCCACUUUGUGCCCAACCUGCUAAUUGGUGUGGGACUGUUAACCUGCAGCAUCAGUGCCUUUGGCGGCAAGAUCUGCUAUGACUCACUGGAUUCCUCCAAGUUUACAAGGUGGAAGACAAUUAUAAAUCCAUUCCUCAUCUGCUGUUUGCUCUUCAAUGCUAUCCUCUUCUUCACUGCACUUUUGUGCUUCACCAUGCGCAUCCCUCUACAGUUUACCCUGGCAGAAGGCCUGAAGAAUGGCAUGAAAUUUUACAAGGACACAGAUGUACCUGGCCGCUGCUACAUGAAGAGAACGCUGGACUUAAUGCAGAUAGAAUUUCGUUGUUGUGGAAACAACAACUACAAAGACUGGUUUGAGAUCCAGUGGAUUAGCAACCGCUACUUGGAUUUCAGCUCUAAAGAGGUCAAAGACCGAAUCAGCAGCAAUGUUGACGGACAAUAUUUGUUGGACGGAGUCCCUUUCAGCUGCUGCAAUCCCAGCUCCCCAAGGCCCUGCAUUCACUACCAAAUCACCAACAAUUCUGCUCACUACAGUUAUGACCACCAUUCUGAAGAACUGAACAUCUGGACACGUGGCUGCAGGGAAGCUCUAGUCGUUUACUAUGGAGGACUGAUGAACACUAUUGGUUUACUGGUGCUUUUGGUUACUAUUCUUGAGGUUGCUGUGAUGGUGGGACUACAGUAUGUGAACACAUCUCUGUCAACACUGGUCAACCCAGAAGACCCUGAAAGUGAAAGUGAGGGCUGGAUCCUGGAGAAAACAUUCAAGGAAACCUUCACAGAUAUCAUGGCCAGAAUGAAGGCAAUGGGGAAAGGCAAUCAGGUGGAAGAGGGGGUGGAAGGUCAGGCAAUUUCUACAGUGAGCUGAAUACACUAAGCUUAUUGAACAUUGACUACUCCAUUCCUUCCAAAGUAGAGACUGCCUAUUUGGCAUUAUACAGCAUGAAGGUCAAGUCAGCUACAUUUUAUGUGGUUUAAUAUAAUUAUAAAAUGUGAGUCCAAAUCCCAAUGGAAAUGUCUCUACAUGCUGAGAGCUAUUUUACCUGAAACCAAAUUGUUUUUAAAUGUUAUGCUUCUUUUUCAUGUUAAAUAUAUAUUUUCAAGGCAUCAUUUAUUAGCUAUAAUCCAUUACAAACAUACCCACUCAUCUUAGUUUUUCUUCUGAUGGAUUGAGGAAGGCAUUAGCUGGCUUUAAAAUGCAAAACAGAUAGCAUAACAGUAUCAGUUCUAAAUGACUUCAAAAACAGUUAAAUACAAAGCAUUUAAUAAAAAAACAAAUACUAUAACCCAAAUAAGUUUCCAAUAUAUACAUAUAUGACUGCUCUCUAUCUCCAUUUACAAUAUUAGUAUGUAGGAUGUUGUCGAUUACUAUGUCAAUAACAAAUUACAUGCAUUAUACUUUAACCUUUGUGUCCCUUUUAUAUAAAGAAUGCAUGCUGCAAAUAAUCCAUUUCCUGUGCUGAUCAGAGUGAUGUGUGUAGAAAUACACGAGGAAAACAUUCUAAGAAAGUAGCUACACACUGCAUUUUAUUGCCUCUGUGUUCUUUAGUGAGCAAUACUGGUUUAACAUGCAGAACGAACUUGGCUUAUUUGCAUAACAGCAACUCAUUUGCAUAACUCAGGGAGAAACCAUCCAUACAAAUCAAGUAAUACUGAAACUACAAUGAUUAUAGAAGUCUCUCUCAUAUCUUUUUUUUUAAUGGCUUUUUAAUUAAGAGAGAUCUAUCUACUGUAGAUCCUGAUCACGUUUCCGGUUUAGCCAGUGAAACACUUCUGUGGCGCUUACACAGUGAAUUAAAAUAUAGUAAUGGUUCAAAUAGGUAUACUUUUUGGCAUGAGGUACUUGCUUUUUGACACAUAGAUGCAAUAAAUACUGAUUUUAUAUAUAGAAUGUAUCUUAGAAACUUUACAGAGAUAACAAAAGCUAUUGACACAAGAAAAGGAUUUACAACUGACUUUCCCCAAAACAUUGCAAAGUUAAGGGAGAGUGUUCAGUGUAAUCAUCUUUGUGCUGCAUGGCUUUACUUGGCCCUGAGCAAAUUAUAGGAAUGGAAAGGGAUUGUCCUGUAAGUGGGGAAAUAUGAAACAAGUUUAGAAGUAACAUGAACGCAGGACGCAUUAGAAGUGGCAGCUAAAUUUUGACCUGAGACCUCUGAACUUCUCUAGUUCACCUGGUUUGUGUCCCCAUGCUUGAAAAUAUGCUUUUCUGUGAGCAGUCACAAAAGACAUAAGACAUAAAUGUUCUAAUUUCAUUGUAAAUAGUGUAGAGUUCUAUGUUUCUUUACUUUUUCAAGUGAAUCAAUGUAAGCAAGCUUUAAUUUAAA